UAUCAUAGUAGCUGAUAACCUCUCCUAUAGGUUUGAAUUUGCCAUUAUUAUUUUAGUUAUCUUUGACACUGAAACAAAUCUCAACUCAUUUUCAAACUGAGUAUCCAUAGCCCACCUUGUAUUGGAAUGUUUAAUGGAAUUUAGAGUGCCUAGAUAUUUUUUUCUCAGCCAAAGAUGAAGACAUAAACCUAUCUCUAAUACAUAAUAUGUUAAAUAAAGUCUGAGCACGACCGAAAUAACCACGACUAUAAAGUAAAUUUUCGCUAACUAAAUGUCUGUGCUUUGGUGGAAAUUUAGAUUUUCUGUUUUUUUUUUUCAAAAAUAUAUAGUAAGGCAAUUUCAUGCUCGACUAUAAUACCAUGUAUAAAAGGUUGAUUACUGAGAAAUAUUUAUAGAAUUUUCAUCCAAGCGAAACUGGAACGAGUCUUAGUAUAUAAAUAGCAUUAAAAUAAUACCUACGCCAAUCUCGGUACAGGUUAGCCGGCUUCCAUAUUAGACGACUCACUCCAUCAUCACUUACGCAUAUAUAAACAAAACAAGACUACCUCUAUACCUAAAUAUCUGUCGAAUCGCAUAAAUACAGCAUAAUAAUAAAACAUAUUGAUAUGGAUUCAACAGCUCGCAUAUAAUCAAAAUGUGGACAUGUAAACUGUUAGUAACUUAAAAUGUCUUCGAGUAAAAUAAUCUCUCGUUUAGUAUUGUUAUUUAGUAUUAACUCGUGUCUAGUGCGUUCUGCAAAAAUAUUAGCCGUGUAUCCAUCUCCUGCAAUUAGUCACCAAAUUGUAUUUCGGACUUUAACAAAUGAAUUGAUCAGACGAGGGCAUGAGGUCACAGUUAUCACUCCGGAUCCUGAAUUUCCAAAAGGAGAGGCGCCUUCAAAUUUGAUAGAAAUAGAUGUCCAUGACCUGUCCUAUAAUACGUGGUCAGAGUGUUUGCUUAAAGUAAUAACUGGAACCGAAAGUGAUAAUCGCUCUCAAGCGAUUUUCUUUAUGAAGGCUUUGUCAAAAAUAUUUGAAGCUCAAAUAGCUACUAAAGAAGUCCAAGAGAUAAUUAGUAAAAAACAAGAUCACUAUGAUUUGUUACUAUUGGAAGCCUGUUUAAAACCGGCCACAGCUUUAACCUAUGUUUUUAAAGCACCAGCGAUUCAAGUCAGUUCAUUUAGUGGAUUAUCAUAUAAUUAUGAAGUGGUUGGUGCUCCUGUACACCCCUUGCUGUAUCCAACGCCAAUACAAUAUAGAGUAUAUAAUUUAUCUAAGUAUGAAAAACUUCAGCAAUUAUAUCAUCAAUGGCGGUUAGAAAGCUCUUUUUACGAAAUUGAAGAAGAAGAUAAUAAGCGUUUACAAAAAAUGUUCGGACAAGAUAUUCCAUCCAUCAGAGAAUUAUCUAAUAAUAUCGAUAUGCUUUUUUUGAAUAUUCAUCCAAUCUGGACGGCAAACCAACCAGUUCCACCGAAUGUUGUACAUAUUGGAGGAUUGCAAACUAAUUCACCGAAGGAAUUGCCAAAUGACCUUGGUUUGCUAUUGAAUGCGUCCAGGAACGGUUUUAUUUACUUCAGUCUUGGAACGAACGUAAAUACUACAGUUUUGCCUCAAGAAAAAUUUCAGGCUAUGAUAAAGGUGUUUUCCCAACUUCCUUAUGAUGUUAUAUGGAAGUGCAAUCAAGAUUCAAUGCCUGGGAAAACAGAAAAUAUCAAACUAGUGAAAUGGGUGCCGCAAGCAGACCUUCUGAAGCAUCCAAAAAUUAAAUUAUUCAUCACCCAAGGCGGACUUCAAUCUACAGAUGAAGCUAUUGAUGCUGGAGUCCCACUUAUUGGUAUACCCAUUUUAGGGGAUCAAUGGUACAAUACUGAAAAAUAUAUAUAUUUUAAAAUUGGAAUCAGACUAAAUCUACCAGAACUGACGGAGGAAAUAUUUAAAGAAGCCAUUGUAACCGUUAUUUCUGAUCAAAGUUAUCGAGAAAAUAUAAUAAAGCUGCGAACCCUUAUGAAAGACGAACCACAGACACCACUAGAACGCGCUGUUUGGUGGAUUGAAUACGUUUUAAGGCACGGAGGCGCAAAACAUUUAAGAGCAGCCGGUGCUAAUAUUUCCUGGCCACAAUACUUAGAACUUGAAUUAGAUUUGGAUAAACUGUUAAAUGAAUCCAAAAAUGGUGUAAUUUACUUCAGUCUUGGAACGAAUGUGAAUACAUCAAUUUUGACGCCGAAAAAAGUACAGAUGUUAGUAAAAGUAUUUUCAGAACUCCCAUAUGAAGUUAUAUGGAAGUGGGAUCUGGAUUCGAUGCCUGGAAAAUCAGAAAACAUCAAGAUAUACAAAUGGCUACCUCAACCAGACCUUCUUAGGCAUCCCAAUGUCAAACUAUUCAUCACACAAGGUGGGCUUCAAUCUACAGACGAAGCUAUAGAUGCUGGGGUACCACUUAUUGGCAUACCGAUGUUUGCGGAUCAGUGGUACAAUACAGAAAAAUAUCCGUAUUUUAAAAUUGGAAUCAAACUUGUUAUGCUUACACUCACUGAAGAAAUAUUUAAAGAAGCCAUUGAAACAGUUAUUACUGAUAGCAGUUAUCAAGAAAAUAUUAGACGACUACGAGCCAUCGUGAAAGAUGAACCACAAAAACCACUAGAACGCGCAGUUUGGUGGACCGAACACGUUCUAAGACACGGUGGCGCUAAACAUUUGAGAGCGGCCGGUGCUAAUAUUACAUGGGUGCAAUACUUAGAACUUGAAUUAGUUGCGAUAGUAGUUCUAGUCUUGUUUUCUAUUAUAGUAGUGCUGGUUUUUGUUUUAUAUUACCUGAGAAAAUUAAUGUUACCAGCUUUUAAGACCAAGAUUAAAACGAUGUAGAUGUUCAACUAGAAAUAAUAAAAUAAUAAGUAAUUUAUUGCA